AUGAAGAACGCGGAGAUCGUCCGCCUUCUCUACAACAACCCCACUAAAACGGAGCGCACAUGCACCAUUUGCAACGAAGUGGUUAAGCAGAAAAAGAAUGCAGGCUACACGAAUCUGAUAAAUCAUUUAGAAGGGCACCAUGCUCGGUUUCAAGCAGUCGCUGAAGAGUUCGUAGCUGACAACAUGGAGACCAACAAAGCCAUCGCACGGAGAGUCGAUGUCCCUCUUGUAGGGUGCGCUGCGCAUCGUUUCAAUCUCGCUGUACGAGAGCGUCUGCAGCCGCACAUGAAACUCAUUUAA